AUGGCUACCGGCGUUACAACAGUGGACUGCCACAAACAAGUAAGAUCAUGGAGAUUGCUACGUUCUCUCAUGCAACUACUAAUCCCAACCUGCAAUUGUACAACCGUAGUUGAAGACCAAGAUACAAUAUCCAAAUACUCCUCUUCUUCACUCACACCAUCCACCACCAUUACAGGCACAAUAUUUGGAUACCGCAAAGGAAAAAUAAGUUUUUGCAUUCAAUCAAAUGCAAACUCCACUACCCCAAUUCUCCUUCUAGAAUUAGCAGUACCAGCAAACAUUUUAGCGAGGGAAAUGCGAGGAGGAACAUUGAGAAUCGCAUUAGAGAGUAGCAGUGACAAUGGAAGAAGAUUUUCUUCGCUUUUGUCGACGCCAUUUUGGACUAUGUACUGUAAUGGAAAGAAGGUUGGUUAUGCUGUUAUGAGAAAGGCUUCGAAUACUGAUAUUGAAGUGUUGAGUUUGAUGCGUUCUGUUGCUGUUGGAACUGGAGUAAUGAAGUGUAAGGAAAUUGUGAAUAAAGAAGAAGAUAAUGAAGUUAUGUAUUUGAGAGGUAGUUUUAAGAGGGUUGGUGGUGGAUCUUCUGAAUGUGAAUCUUUUCAUUUGAUUGAUCCUGAGGGAGAUCAUAAUAUUCACCAGGAGCUUAGUAUUUUCUUUUUGAGGUCAAUGUAA